GUUUGACAUAAGUUUUGUGUUAUGGAGAAUAAUUAAAUACUAAAUGCAUAUUUAUACAAAACAAUAAAUACCGAAGUGCAUGAUAUGAACAUUGUAUAGAUUUUAUUAUAAUUUGAAUUUAAGGUCUUAAUAAUACGAGGUGUUUGUUAAGUGUCGCGACAGAAGGGUUAUCAAAUUUAACCUAGUUAAGUGACGUUUAUUUAAAAAAAAAUAAUGGGAAUAAAGGUUAAAGUCUUAAAAUACAGUAACGAUGUCUAACUCCAAUCCGUAUAAUAUACGAUUUUUUCGAAGCCAAUCGGCGGAUUUUACUUUUAUGGCCAACAACACAAGAAGCACAUUACACAGCCUCACAAAUGUGAUAAGGGAAAUAGAACCUUAUGUUGAAACAGCCCGAAAUGUUAACGCGGGGGUUCAAAAUGCUAUAUCAUCGAGUUUUUUAAACAGGUCGACAUCACAACAAGAAAACAUUGCCAACCCUGGUCUAGCUGAACCAUCAAACAGUUUUGUGGUAAAUUUGGAAUCAGUUGAGCCAGUUAAUGUUGAGGAUGUAAACAUACACAACCACAAUCAUGAACCUAAUUUCCUAAAUGAUCCCACAAAUAAUGCCAACAAUAACAAUCCCGAUGAUGGAAACAAUCCUGAUAUUCCUACACAAAUAGAAGUUCAGCAAUACCUUAAUUUGGUUUUUAAGUAUAUUCCAUUUAUUUUAAUUCUUAUUGCCAAAGGUUUAUAUGACUACCAUCAAGGGAUCUUUAUUAUUAUUAUCCUCUUAAUAACAUUUGCUCAUUCAAAUUCCACUGUGAAAAAGGAAGCAACUAAACGGCACAGAAGGAGUUUAUCAACAUUAACCAUUGAGUUGUUAUAUAUUUUUGCUUGUUUGGUUUUUAUUCGUUAUGUAUUUGAGGAUGAACUACAUAAUUUUAAUAUUGUGUUAAAUUUGGUUUUGAUCAGGACUUUUACACAAGUGUUAACAGUUUGGAACUUACUAUGGAUUGUUCUUAUUACAGAUUUUAUUUUAAAACUUAUCACAGUCACUAUUAAAAUAUUUUUAACAAUGCUACCAGGAAAAGUUGUAGAUUUUAAAAAGAGGGGUAAAAUUUAUUUGUUCAUUGAAGCUUGUUCUCAAUUAUACAGAAGUAUAACAACCAUUCAGCCAUGGUUGUACUAUUUGUUGGAGUCCUAUCAAGGACCAGAAAAAAUAGUUGCUGUCUUUCUGUCUGCAUUUUAUAUGAUAUCAAAAGGAAAUGAUUUAAUGACUAAAAUUCAUUUUAUCAGAAUGGCUUUUCUAAAGCUCUUCCAAACUGUUACAAUUGGUUCUUCCCCAAGCAAGGACCAAAUUCAAAGUGCAGGUGAGCACUGUCCAAUUUGUCAUGACGAAUACGAUUCUCCAGUUUUGUUGCAAUGUCGCCACAUAUUCUGCGAGAGUUGCGUGACAACUUGGUUUGAUAGAGAACAGACUUGCCCACUUUGCAGAGCCAAAAUAGUUGACGAUCCCUCAUGGAGAGAUGGAUGUACUUCUCAUUUUUUACAAAUAUACUAAACAACCUUAAAUUUUUAUGGAUAUAUUAAUAUAUUGUUAUACUAAUUAUGUAGUUUUAAAAAUAUUUAUAUCAGAAAAGAUUUAAUCUUCAAAUUAUUGUGACCUUGUGAUAUGAAAUUUGCUAUUUUGUUAUUGAAUGGGCUUUGUUUAACAGUUCAUUGUAGAAAGUAAAGAUAUGAUUCAUUUUGGUGACAUAAAGAUUAUGAAAUAAUUUAAAAUUUGAAACAUAAUUUCUUUAAUAUAUUUUGAAUUUACUGCGAAAAGUUACCAAGUCAGAAUUUUAAUGAUUUGAGUUGGAAUAGUGUUUUACAUUUUUCCAGUUUAAUAGGG